GUCCGGGGGGGAGGUUCGCGGCUCCCCGGGAGCCCCACGGGGCCGCGGGAGGGAAGGGCCCCCCCCUUCCCCAGGCAGUGCCCCCUUCGGGACCCGCGGGGGCUUCUCGGCCCCCGGCCCGGUGUGCAUACUCUCGCGCUGAAGUGGGCGUUUGGGAACCUUGCUCGCGUCCCCGGCCCGGUGGAGGAACGCUCCCUUCCGCAGCGCCGCCGACUGGGCUCGCGGUUCCGCCGGGGCCGGCCGGGCGCAGCGCGAGGACUCGGGGGCCCGGCACCGCCGCCAGCCCCCGCCUGCAGCCAGCUCUCCGCACCCCGGCCCGCAGCCCAGCCCACUCCGCGAACGCGCCGCGGGACGCCUCUCGGGGACGGCGGCUGCGGCGCGGCCUCCAGGCUUCCUUCUCGGGUCCCUGGGCUGCGGCCGUUGGAAGGCGGGGAGCAGACGGGUUUCCUCUAAGCCGCAUUGUACCUCCUAGUGGCCCGGCGCCUCCCGAGCCUUCCUCAAGUCCGCCCCUUUCAUUAUUUGAGGGGGCUGGGGUUUGUUCUCUGUAUGACUUUGGUUUUUAAGAUCCUUUUCCCACAAACUCUCCGUGCACUCAGCCGAAAAGAACUGUGUCUAUUCCGAGACCAGCAUCACUGGCCUGACAUAAGACAAUUCAGCCAGUGGUCAGAAACAGAUCUGCUUCAUGGACGCUGCCUCCUCCAAAGAAGAAAGCCUGUUCUGUCAUUCCUGGGAGGCCAUCUAAGACCACGUGCCACCUGCCUUGUUUUCUUGCCAGGGUCGCAUGUGGGACUCUGCAGUGGCCCCUAUGAGAUGGCUGAGCAACGGUUCUGUGUCGACUAUGCCAAGCGUGGCACAGCUGGCUGCAAAAAAUGCAAGGAAAAGAUUGUGAAGGGCGUUUGCCGAAUUGGCAAAGUGGUGCCCAAUCCCUUCUCAGAGUCCGGGGGUGAUAUGAAAGAGUGGUACCACAUUAAAUGCAUGUUUGAGAAACUGGAGCGGGCCCGGGCCACCACAAAAAAAAUCGAAGACCUCACAGAGCUGGAAGGCUGGGAAGAGCUGGAAGAUAAUGAGAAGGAACAGAUAACCCAGCACAUUGCAGAUCUGUCUUCUAAGGCAGCAGGUACACCAAAGAAGAAGGCCGUUGUCCAGGCUAAGUUGACGACCACUGGCCAGGUAACAUCUCCAGUGAAAGGCGCCUCCUUUGUCACCAGUACCAAUCCCCGGAAAUUUUCUGGCUUUUCAGCCAAGCCCAAUAACUCUGGUGAAGCCCUCUCAAGCCCUGUCCGUAAGAGAAGUCUGUCUUCAAGCAGAUGUGACCCCAAGCACAAGGACUGUCUGCUGCGGGAGUUUCGGAAGUUGUGCGCCAUGGUGGCUGAUAAUCCUAGCUACAACACAAAGACCCAGAUCAUCCAGGACUUCCUGCGGAAAGGCUCAGCAGGAGAUGGUUUCCACGGUGAUGUGUACCUAACGGUGAAGCUGCUGCUGCCGGGUGUCAUUAAAAGUGUCUACAACUUGAAUGAUAAGCAGAUUGUGAAGCUUUUCAGUCGCAUUUUUAACUGCAACCCAGAUGAUAUGGCACGGGACCUAGAGCAGGGUGACGUGUCAGAGACAAUCAGAGUCUUCUUUGAGCAGAGCAAGUCUUUCCCCCCAGCUGCCAAGAGCCUCCUUACCAUCCAGGAAGUGGAUGGAUUCCUCCUGCAGCUCUCCAGGCUCACCAAGGAGGAUGAGCAGCAACAGGCCCUGCAGGACAUCGCCUCCAGGUGUACAGCCAAUGACCUGAAGUGCAUCAUCAGGUUGAUCAAACAUGAUCUGAAGAUGAACUCAGGUGCAAAACAUGUGUUAGACGCUCUUGACCCCAAUGCCUAUGAAGCCUUCAAAGCCUCGCGCAACCUGCAGGAUGUGGUGGAGCGGGUCCUUCUCAACGAGCAGGAGGUGGAGAAAGAGCCAGGCCGGAGAAGGAUUCUGAGCGUCCAGGCCUCGCUGAUGACGCCUGUACAGCCCAUGCUGGCCGAGGCCUGCAAGUCCAUCGAGUACGCAAUGAAGAAAUGUCCCAACGGCAUGUUCUCUGAGAUCAAGUAUGACGGCGAGCGAGUCCAGGUGCAUAAGAAUGGGGAACACUUCAGCUACUUCAGCCGCAGUCUCAAGCCCGUCCUACCUCACAAGGUGGCCCACUUUAAGGACUAUAUCCCCCAGGCUUUUCCUGGGGGCCACAGCAUGAUCUUGGACUCUGAGGUGCUCCUGAUUGACAACAAGACAGGCAAACCAUUGCCCUUUGGGACUCUGGGAGUACACAAGAAAGCUGCCUUCCAAGAUGCUAAUGUCUGCCUAUUUGUUUUUGAUUGUGUCUACUUUAAUGAUGUCAGCUUGAUGGACAGGCCUCUGUGUGAGCGGCGGAAGUUUCUUCAUGACAACAUGGUUGAAAUUCCAAACCGGAUCAUGUUUUCAGAAAUGAAGCAAGUCACGAAAGCUUCAGACCUGGCCGACAUGAUAAACCGGGUGAUCCGGGAGGGGUUGGAAGGGCUGGUGCUGAAGGAUGUGAAGGGUACAUAUGAGCCUGGGAAGCGGCACUGGCUGAAAGUGAAGAAAGACUAUUUGAACGAGGGGGCCAUGGCUGACACAGCUGACCUGGUGGUCCUCGGGGCCUUCUAUGGGCAAGGGAACAAAGGUGGCAUGAUGUCCAUCUUCCUCAUGGGCUGCUAUGACCCUAGCAGCCAGAAGUGGUGCACAGUCACCAAGUGUUCAGGAGGCCAUGAUGAUGCCACACUUGCCCGCCUGCAGAAGGAACUGGACAUGGUGAAGAUCAGCAAGGAUCCCAGCAAAAUACCCAGCUGGCUGAAGAUCAACAAGAUCUACUAUCCUGACUUCAUUGUGCCAGACCCAAAGAAGGCUGCCGUGUGGGAAAUCACAGGCGCUGAAUUCUCCAAAUCUGAGGCUCACACUGCUGAUGGCAUCUCCAUCCGAUUCCCUCGCUGCACCCGGAUCCGUGACGAUAAGGACUGGAAAUCUGCCACUAACCUCCCCCAACUCAAGGAACUGUACCAGCUGUCCAAGGAGAAGGCAGACUUCACUGUAGUGGCUGGAGAUGAGGGGAGCUCCACUACAGGGAGCAGCAAUGGAGAGAACAAGGGCACCUCAGGGUCUGCUGUGCCCCACAAGGCCCCCGGAGCCUCCCCCAGCAAGCCCUUUGCUAGUGCCAGGAAAGCAGAAGGGAAGCUGAGUAACCCCAGCAGCAAAGGCGGCAACAUGCCGACUGCAAAGCCUUCCCCCGUGAAAGUGGGAGAGAAGCUGACCACGAAGUCGUCUCCAGUGAAAGUGGGGCAAAAGCGGAAAGCUGCUGACGAGACCCCGUGUCAAACAAAGGUGAGGGUGCUGUUGGACAUCUUCACUGGGGUGCGGCUCUACUUGCCGCCCUCCACACCGGAUUUCAGCCGUCUCAGACGCUACUUUGUGGCAUUUGAUGGGGACCUGGUGCAGGAAUUUGACAUGGCCUCAGCCACCCAUGUGCUGGGUAGCAGAGACAAGAACCCCGAGGCCCAGCAGGUCUCCCCGGAGUGGAUUUGGGCAUGUAUCCGGAAACGGAGGCUGGUAGCUCCCUGCUAGGAUCGCUGCCCUCCCUCUCCUUGGGCCACACUCUCCCUCACCACACUGCUGGACGGGGCUCAGGCUGAAGGCAGGCAGACAGAGGAACAGGACAGGGAAUGGGCUUGCUUCUUAAACCCGCCAAUCCUCCGUGGUGUCUUCUGGACCAGGAAUUAGCUGCGGUGGGUACCACAAGUGAAGUCAGUUUCUCUUGCUAGUUUAAAUAGAUCCUUCAGAUCUGGGUGCUGGCUUUGUCAUAUUUUUGUUUUCUUUGAAAAGAAGGUUUAGUUUUUGUUUAAAGUAUCUUACAGGUAUCUCUGUCCUUUCCCCACCUAAACCCCUAUAAUUUCCACAGUGAUUAAGCAAUAAAGGCUGGGCUGUUGAAGCUCUGUCCACAAAGUCUUCCCUCCCUGCCUGCCCUUUUUAAAAGUUGUAUUUAAAAGACAGCCCUCAGCAAUCCUUCUUAUAUUUAGUACAACUUAUAUUCACCCCUGGCCCUUUUUGCCAGGAGCAAACCCUCAUUUGAAAGAAAACAAAAUGAACUUUUAUGACGAUUCUUGUGUUCUCCCAUUACAGGGUGAGGGUCCCCAGUUUGACGGGAGGGGACUAGGAUCAGGUAGGAAGUUGUGGCCUUUCUGAAGAAAAGGGAGGUUAUUUGGGCUGCCCCUCUGGGGGGAUAGAGGGCUUCAGGAAGAUCUGCCUUCCCAAAAUCUGGAAACAAGACUGCUCUUUAAGAAUAAAAGCCCACACUUCAGAACAAA